GCUUCUAUGGAUGAUAAGCGAAAAGCAAUCGACUCUGCGAAUUUUGAGAGAGAAAUAAGGUUAUAAGUUACUUUUAAGUUGCAUCUUGCAUCAUCUUUUGCAUUAAAUGAAAAUACAUUAAAUAUUUAUCUAGAGCGUUCAUUACUUUUGGGUCAAUCAUGACGCUCACAAAUAAGAUGGAUAUUGAUGAGAAGAAUGCCAAGGGGGAAGGUUUUAAACCAUAUUAUAUUACGAAGAUCGAGGAAUUACAAUUAAUUGUUGCUGAGAAAAGCCAAAAUUUAAGAAGAUUGCAAGCACAGCGCAAUGAGCUUAAUGCAAAAGUUCGUAUGUUGCGAGAAGAGUUGCAACUCUUACAAGAACAGGGCUCUUAUGUAGGCGAAGUAGUUAAACCUAUGGAUAAGAAAAAAGUUUUAGUCAAAGUACAUCCCGAAGGAAAAUUUGUGGUAGACAUAGACAAGAAUAUUGAUAUCAAUGAUGUGACACCAAACUCGCGUGUAGCUUUGCGCAAUGAAAGUUACACUCUACAUAAGAUAUUGCCAAAUAAAGUUGAUCCGCUUGUCUCUCUUAUGAUGGUGGAAAAAGUACCGGAUUCUACAUACGAAAUGGUUGGAGGUUUGGAUAAACAAAUAAAGGAAAUAAAAGAAGUCAUAGAGUUACCAGUCAAACAUCCAGAAUUGUUUGACGCCCUCGGAAUUGCGCAACCUAAAGGUGUACUGUUGUACGGACCGCCAGGUACUGGUAAGACCUUGCUUGCAAGAGCAGUCGCGCAUCACACGGAGUGCACUUUUAUUCGUGUAUCUGGAUCUGAAUUGGUUCAAAAAUUCAUCGGAGAAGGUUCGCGUAUGGUUCGUGAACUUUUCGUGAUGGCUAGAGAACACGCACCAUCUAUAAUAUUCAUGGACGAGAUUGACUCUAUUGGAAGUUCUCGAAUUGAAUCUGGGUCUGGUGGCGAUAGUGAAGUUCAACGAACAAUGUUAGAAUUGCUUAAUCAAUUGGAUGGUUUUGAAGCAACAAAAAAUAUAAAAGUUAUUAUGGCGACAAACAGAAUUGAUAUCUUAGAUCCGGCAUUAUUACGUCCCGGACGUAUCGAUCGUAAGAUUGAAUUUCCACCUCCAAAUGAAGAGGCUAGACUGGACAUCUUAAAAAUCCAUUAGAAAAUGAAUUUGACACGUGGAAUAAAUUUGAGAAAGAUAGCUGAACUUAUGCCUGGUGCGUCAGGAGCAGAAGUUAAGGUAAUUAUAUGGGUGUUUUGCACAGAAGCUGGAAUGUAUGCACUCAGAGAACGUCGUGUUCUAACUCAGGAAGAUUUUGAGAUGGCAGUAGCAAAAGUUAUGCAGAAAGAUUCUGAGAAAAAUAUGUCGAUCAAGAAGUUAUGGAAAUAAUUAGCUUGCAAUUUUUUCAAUAUUGCAUUUUCAUUAACGAAUUUUAAUCUAUUAUUGUGCUCUUUCAAGCUAAUCAGAAUUGAAAUGUAAUGUAUUUAAAAUGUGUAAACAGAAACUUCAUGUAAAAUUAGUGAUAGCAAUAAAACUUUAUUACAAUA